AUCGUAUUUUAGUAACAUUCGCUCGAUUCGCUCAGUUGACAGUUGACCUUGACACUUGACUUUAGCGCUGUUUAGCACCCCAGGCUCUGGCAACACGAGUACACGACUCGUGUUGUUAUAACAAUACAUAUAUCAAUGACAGAUGUUAUUACAGAUGAACUCCGUGAACCAUUGUUCAAUGAUAUUUUCACGCAAAUAAAUUCAUUGAAUACGGGAGACAAUGUCGUGUUGGGAUUGUUAAAAAAUUCUCUACCAGGUUCUGACGUCAAUGGAAUAUCAGAAGAACUUAACAAGAAAUUUAUUUUGGACAAAAUUAAAUCAAACGUGGCAAUAAAAAAACCAAAAAAAAGAAAAUAUCUGAGUAUAAAACUAAGAAAGCUUCUGGAAUUAAAGAAAACUCGUUGCAAAAAAGAUCUGAAGUAUGAAGAUGUUUUGUCAUUGAAUAAUUUAUGGCUGGAGUAUAUUCAGCAAGCUAUUGGUGGCAAAAGUUUUCUAGCUCUACCUCAAAGUCCCGAACAUAUUAAUUGGGAAACGGUUGGCCAGCGUCUAAUGAAAUCUGAUCUUCAUGGAGCGAAAAUUAUCGUAAUACGGUCCAAGUGUCCAAGUUUAAUCGGAAUAGAAGGAAUCAUCCUACAAGACACUCGAAAUACAUUUCAAGUCAUCGGAAAAGACAAUAUCAUACGGACACUUUUAAAACAAAUCAUCGUGGUGAAAAUUCAUCUCAUUGAAGCAACACUUGAAUUUUUUGGCAAAGAACUUUGCCUCAGAUCUGCAGAACGGUCGGUUAGAAAGUAUAAAGCCAAUCAUCUACCAGAACUAUGAGACAUCAACAUACUACUAGAUUUUAUUGUUCUACAGAUUUAUUGAUCGAUUACUUUCUAACUUUGUAUGUUAAUUGUAAAAUCUUGAAAUCGUAAUCGGAUUGUCUCACGAUACUUUUAUGAAGUCGACAUGUUUUUAAUUGCCAUAAACUAUUUUUAUUAUUAAUUAUAAAGCGAAUUCAAAUACAUUUUCAUUAUUUCAAAGAUUGUUAACUAAACAAAAUCUAACAUAGAUAGAAAUAAAUUUUCAACUUGUAAUGAAUAAUAAUGAAGUUAAUAAAUUGAAGAAAAAAAAAUUGUAUACAUUUAAAAACACCUACUCCAAACUUAUAAACAAUAACAGUUCCUGUAAGUGUACAAGAAAAAAAUAUUACUCAAUUCAUCUAUAUUUUCUGAUAAUUUUAAUAUUGUUAAUUGAUUCAUUAUUACAAUACUAUUUUUAUUUUUUCGAUUAAGACAUGACAUUCUAGUUUUUAUUUUCUUUUAUUUACCGAAAAAAAAAAAAUCUUAUUGUAAUAAAAACUAUGAUGACAUCAACUGUAUCAUCACACUUCAGUUUCUAAAUUUUCAUUCAAACUAUUUUGCUUUAGCUAAUCCAUAAAUAUACAUAUUGAAUAUAUCAACAAACAAAUAUAUGUUCAACACCAGUUAAUAGGUCAUUCCAAGCAGCAAUUAGAUGAUAGAUACGCAUAAAUGAUUAACAUUAAUUAAUUAAAACUAAUUAUUAAAUAAUAAUUUUUCAAUUUUUUUUUGUCUUAUGUAAUAUACUUCUAUAUGUUUUAUUAUUGGUAAUUUUAAUAUAGAAUAUAAUUUUAUAUUUUUCAUAGAGCAUGUAAUUUUCAACGGAAAACUGCGCAAGUCAAUAAUUCUCUGACGAAAACCAUUUUGUAUAGGAAUAUUGCCAGAG